ACUUACCUAUGGACCAAAGUAUCAACUUGCCACCGCGUACCAACUUACCACUUCUGACUGGAGACAGCAUGCCCCGCUGGCCAAUGCUUGGCCGAUGCGAUGCUUGCGAUGGAUGUUCAAAAUUGAGCCUGAGAUGUGAACGCUGCCAUCAGGGAGACCAUGUGCCUACCCACGCAGAACUUUACGUGGCCAGUAGAGGCGAAACAACUCAACACAAUGUUCUACAUCGCGGCGAAGGGCCCACACCCUUGCCCGCUUACGCUGGCAUCGAAAUCGUUGUGGAUUGCGUUGUACGCGACCCUUCGGACCCCCCCAUAAUCCUCACCGAAUAUCCCAAUUGCACGUUGAAAUCCUUUAAUACCACCCUUUCCUUGGACUUCCUUCAAGAUCCGAUGGUGAAGGAGUACAUGGCUACCUUCUCCAAGCGCCACCCUACUCUGAGAAGGAUCGUGAUCAAGAUGGACAAUCAAUUUGUUCCUUCUAACCAGACGACCCAUCAGUCGCACGCCAGUGCCAAGGAUGUGCGCAGUCAUCUGUAGACUGCAUCUGACUUUCCACAACAGGAUGAUACGUCAUGCCUCGGAUUGUGGCGGAGUUAUUUGGCUUAAUUGAUUCCAACCUGUAAGGCGUUACCGCUCACAUAACCCGUUUCUCUGUGUGUAUAAGCCAAAAGACGAACUAGUUAGAUAGCGAA